GACCGUCGAGCUCGAGCCACAUCCGAUGCGCCGCGAGUCCCUGACCCAACCGGAGACGGAAGAGACCUCCGCCUCCGACGCCGGUCGACGACCAUGGCCCUGGCGGCUAUCUUCGUCUUCCUCAUCGUCUCCGCGCUGCAGCUGGUCGACCGCUACCUCGACCUCGCCAAAAAGAGGGGAUCACAAAGUGAUGAGCAGAUCAAACUGCGGCUUGAAAUCAAGCAACUUCUGAAGGAGGCAAAUGAGCUGUCAACGCCGUCCACAUUUGCACAAGCUGCUAAACUCAAGCGUCUGGCUGUUGCCAAGGAGAAGGAACUGACAAAAAUACAGGAACAGGACACUAAAGGGAAGCAAUCCUUAUAUGACAAGUACGGAAAAAUUCUGCUGGUUACUAAGGUACUAAUUUAUGCCUUGCUCGUUCUGUGGUUUUGGAGCACUCCUGUAACAACAGUUCGACGACAUCUUCUACAGCCCUUUGGAAAGAUGUUUUCCUUGAGGGGGGUUGAUUCUGCUACGGGCAAUGUUGUGGUUGGAAUACUCCCAUGGCUGUUUCUGACCUCCCGGGUCAGCAAGUUGCUGUGCCAAAAAUUCAGCUUCGUGCUUCUGCGUCCGUAGCCUACUCUCAGCAAGUCAGCAAGUUGCUGUACCAAAAACUUGAGCCUCGUACUUCUGCUGCGGGCAUAGCAUUUUUUUUAACCCCCACGAGUCGAUCUUCCAUUUUCCACCAGAAUAGGGGUUAAUUUUUUUAUCACAACUUGUUCAGUUUGUUGACGUGUUGCACCCUUGUGCUGACGUGCUGGGACGCGGUACACAAAUUUUGCGUUCGAUGUAUAAUCAAUGUUGUUGUUGGCCUGUCA